AUGACUCACGAGAUGAAUAUGGUUGAGGAGGGCUUCAGUGAAGAUGAAGAAGCGGUGUUGUUGGAAAGCAAUGAAGAGCAAUACAUACCGCAAGAUGUCAUCAACAAUUUGCCGACUUUGAUUUCCCAGUAUAGAACUGCGCAAGCGGCUUUGCCACAAAAUCAGCAACCAUCUCAGCUGAGGACGAGCAGUGUGGUGAUCCCAGAGCCUGACGAUUCUUCCAGGAAAAGAAUCCCAGGAAAAGACGUGAACCGGAAAGGACCGCUUGCUGAAUCGGUUGUCAUGCGUCUAUCCGAAGGCCUCUUGCGAUCCGGAAGAACAAUCGUCACCAAUAAUUUCUACACGAAGCCAGACUUGUGCAAAGACUUUACAAUUUCCAUACCAGUGAAUGUUGAAAGGAUUCUGUUGAAAGCUUUCAGAGACAAGGCCAAAGAGGCAAAA